AUUAUUGAUCACAAAAUAUAAAAGGCUAGACAGUUCCGACAAGGAUAAAAAAAUUCCUUCGUGUCGUGGAAAAACGAGAAAGUGAUAUUGGCAAGGAAACACGAAAAAGCGGAGCAACUACCGACUGAGCGCAUAGCAAUUCCUUGCUGGUGAGUUGAGCAAGACAAAACAAAAGCAGGCGUAACUCUCAUGCUCAUUCAAUCAUCUCUGUAUCUCUCUCUCUCUCUCUCUCUCUGAAAAUGGCAAGCACAUCGAGGUCUUCCAUGGGGGUUUGAGUGCCAAAACAAAAUCCCUUUUAGUGAAUCGUGUCUGAAAUCAUGAAACUGUACUCUAUGCGGCUCUGGUUAAAGCACAGCGCUCUCUUUCGCAAUCCUAUCAAUUGGGCAGCUUUUAAUUUUCUUUUCCACUCAUCAGAACUCACUUUCUAGUUUCUCCAUUCUCCAUCCGUCCGCGCCGCUUCAGUCUUUCACAUUACAUUGACCCAUUGAGCGUAUACCCCCAUUAUCGAGUGUUCCACGAUUGGAUACGCAGAGUCCUCGGCCGUUUCCGUGGCUUUUCUGCUGUUUGCUUUCUGGGAAUUGGGUUUUGUUUGAUGGGUUUUGCUUUUCGGCUCUCGUGGAUUCUCAGAGAUUGAAGUUUCCAAAGCUUUUGGGGCUUCAGGGAGGAAAUUUUUUGUUUUCUUAUUGGAAUAUCAGUGGUAAUAAAUAUUUUGUUUUCUGCUUGUUUGAGGAUUUCCUCGCUGAACUUAAGACCUUUUCUUUGGGCAUAAGAGGGAUGCUUUUCUUGCUUGAUUACUGUCGGUAUUGUAUUUGAUAUCUGAAGCUGUGAUUCUGUUGUUGUAUGUAAUGGAGUCUUGGAGCUAUGCACCCCAAGAGGGUAAGGGUUUUCUCACGAACGAGACAGUGUGCCCUCCUGAUUUGCCUUCGAAAAGUAAAAAUGCGUUAAUGGGUUGUGAUACCCCAAACAGUUACGGAAGCAACGUGCUUGUCUCAGGCCCACGGUUCUGCGAGAAUGAGGGAUUUGGGGAGUUGGGUUUCCAAGAAAUGAUGAGAAAACGAUUCCAGGAGGAAUCUAUUAGGAAUGUUUUGAGUUGUAAGGUAGAUGGUGGAAGAAUGGGGGAUUCUAUAAUGGCAAAUCUUCCCAAUGCAUUUUCUGGAGAAGACGAGUCUAGUUCUAGUUCUAAGCUGUCCAGCUCUGUUGUGGAAUCAAACAACCGAGACUCUUCCCUCAUUGAUUUGAAAUUGGGGGGGUUUGCUGAUCACAGAGAUGCUCAGAAAUCUAAUUCAUCCAAGAUGACCAACAUUUUAUCUUCUGCUGACUCGAGUAUGCCGGCGAAGAGAGUGCGAGCGGGGAGUUUGAAUUCUCAGACAGCCUUUUGCCAAGUUUAUGGUUGUAACAAGGAUUUAAGCUCCUCAAAGGACUACCACAAGAGGCAUAGAGUUUGUGAGAUUCACUCAAAGACUGCCAAAGUUAUUGUGAAUGGCAUUGAACAGAGGUUUUGCCAGCAGUGUAGCAGGUUUCAUUUGCUGGCUGAGUUUGAUGAUGGUAAGCGCAGCUGUCGCAAACGCCUUGCAGGCCAUAAUGAGCGAAGGAGGAAACCCCAAGUGGGCAUUUCUGGUAGAUCAGGAAGGUUGCUUCAGUCAUACAAUGGUAACAGAUAUCAGGGGUCUGCACUAACAACAUCCUUUAUCUGUCAAGACAUACUCCCUAGCAGCCUUUUGCAACCAGAGAAUUACGAGACAAACAAUUGGUGCAGGCUUAUUAAGCUUGAAGAUGGUGCUGAUUAUAGUCCUCACUCAGCUAUUCCCAGCACAAAUAGACAUCUGCAUGCAAAACCUUUAUUCCCAUCAUACAAUUUUGAGAAACAUUAUCUCCCUUUUCAUAACAAUGGAAUUAAUCCUGUAACAGGUAGCAUUUUUAGCGAGAGCAGUAACCACUACCCACAUACUCUGGCAGGCCCAAACUCCGUCUCGCGUUCCAUGUUCCAAAACACCUCAUUGGGAAGUGAAGACUUCACUGUUUUUGACACAGCAUCAUCUUUUCAAGCAUUAUCAGGGAUUCCAGACUCUAGUUGUGCUCUCUCUCUUCUGUCAUCUCAAUCACAGAACUCUUCAAACCACUCGUCAGGAAUUCCCAUGGCUGACCCCAUGAUCACAACUGGAAGCCAUACCCAUUACAAUGUUAGUCAAGUCUCUGAAAGGCUUUUGGGGAUUAGCCCACAGGCUUCAACAAGUGGGGUGUCAAAUAAGUUUCCUUCAUAUGGGAUGAGUUCUGCCGAAGGGAAUCACUUGGGUUCCAUUCUUAUUUCUGAUGGUAGUGAUGAUGCAGACUUUGAAGUUGCAGAUGGGAUUUUCCAAGGGUCAGAUCUUAUGAAUGCAAAGGAUCGUCUUUCUUGUCAAGAUGGACCAACAAUUGAUUUGCUGCAGUUGUCAUCCCAACUUCAGCGAGUGGAGAAUCAAAGGCAGUCCAUGCAGGUCAAGCAGGAAAAUGAUGCUUUCUGCUGCCUCCGGAUCACUUAAUUUUUCUGAUUGACAAGAUAGGUUUCAAGGUUCAAAAGUAUGCAGGCGUGCAGGAAUAGGAUAACGACUACAUAGAACUGCUUGCAGAAUGGGAGCACUUGGGAUUAGGCUAUGGAUUGGCUUCUACUCAGUCCGUUUCUGUGCAGCGGAUAGCCUUGUAUUUUUGUGAUUAGUUUUUUUGAUACAGUCUGGAAAAAACAAAAAUACAAAAUCUCAUGGCUCUGAAAAUGGGGUCUGUUUCUCUUCCAUGUGAACAUCUUGUUUUCUCAUCUGCUUAGUUCUGUGUCUAUUCCACGAAAUCUUCUGAGUUUCAUCAAGAGAUUUUGCAGUCAUUACAACUGCUGCCAAAGUAAGUUGUAUAAUACGAGAUGGGCCUUUUGUGCUGCUUGACAAGGUAAGUUAAACUAAAGAUUAUUAGAUAAUGGUAUUCAAAUUCUUUGGCUUCUGCCA